AUGCAGAACAGAACUGGUCUUGUUCUCUGUGCCCUUGCCCUCCUGAUGGGCUUUCUGAUGAUCUGUCUGGGGGCCUUCUUCAUUUCUUCAGGAUCGAUAUUCAACUGUCGAGGGAAUCUGAUCCUGGCCUAUAUGCUCCUGCCGCUGGGGUUUGUGAUCCUCCUGAGUGGAAUUUUCUGGAGCACCUACCGCCAGGCAAGGGAAAGCAAAGGGGUGUUCACCCAUGUGCUCAGAAGACACCUUUCUCAUGGGGCACCCCUGGCCACAGUCGACAGGCCAGAUUUCUACCCUCCUGCAUAUGAAGAGAGUCUUGAUGCCGAGAAGCAACCUUGUCCUGCAGGGGGCGAGGCCUUGGGCGUUCCUCCUCCUCUGUACACAGAGAUGGGCCUUGAAUUCGAGGAUGCGACGGAUGCCCGCCCAGAGGCCCCCCCUUCCUAUGAGGAGUCUGUAGCAGGCAGGGCGCCGGCAGCCACACCAUUGCAGGAUGCCGAGAGGCAGAGCCAGGGAUGCUGA